UAGAUCUUCUUCAACUCUUGCUGCUAGCUACUUUACUUUGAAAAAAGAAGAGAAAUUAUCAUUUGAAAGAGUCAUGUCAAUCGAUAAGUCAUGGAUUGGAAAACCACGAACCACGCAUGAGUAUAAAGAUGGUUUAAACAAGUUUUUGGAUUUUGCUUUUGAGCAUCGAUCUCUCGCGGGUCGUCAGAUUAAAUGCCCUUGUCCGGUGUGUGGUUUUGGCAAGUGGCAAACAAGAGAGAAAGUUUUUGAACAUUUAAUAGUCAAGCCAUUUCCAGAAAACUACAAAGUUUGGUAUUGGCAUGGUGAAGAAGUAGUUGGAGUUGGGUCACAAGUUCAUCAAACUAGUCACAUUGUACAAGAUGAUUCGACAUCUCAGCAUCCAAUGGUAACAAUGCUCAAUGACGCGUUUGGAGUUGCUGGACCUGACUUGAAUGAAGAUGGAGAUGGAGAUGAAGACAACAUAGAAGAUGGAGACGGAGACAAUGUAGAAAAUGAAGAGCACAAUGGAGAAAAUGUAGAAUUUUACAAGUUGUUAGAAGAUGGCAAUGAACAAUUGUAUGAAAGGUGCACAAAGUAUUCAAAAUUGUCUUUCUUAAUUAGUCUGUAUCACAUAAAGUGCUUAUAUAGAAUAAGCGACAAAGCCAUGACCGAAAUUCUCAAGUUAUUAAAAGAUGCCUUUGGAAAUGCAGAGAUUUCAAAUAUAUUCUAUGAGGCCAAGAAAACCAUAAAUAAACUAGGGCUUAAUUAUACCAAGAUACCUGCUUACCCUAAUGAUUGCAUAUUAUAUUGGGGGAGGAGGAAGAUUUGCAAGAAUGCAAAAGAUGCAAGACAUCUAAAUGGAGCGAUGCUAAAAAGAAGAAACCAGCAAAGAUCUUGCGAUACUUUCCACUAAAACCGAGACUUCAACGAUUAUUCAUGUGUUCUAAGACUGCUCAAUCAAUGCAAUGGCAUGCUUUGGCAGAAAAGAAAGAUUCGAAGAUAAGGCAUCCGCGGGAUUCUGAAGCUUGGAAGACAUUUGAUUUACUUCAUGAUAGGUUUGCCGAAGAUCCUCGAAAUGUACGUCUUGGUCUUGCAGCUGAUGGAUUCAACCCCUUUGGAGCUAUGCGUACAAACUAUAGCGUUUGGCCAGUGGUGCUUAUUCCAUACAAUCGGCCUCCAUGGGAGUGCAUGAAGCCAACAUCACUUAUCUUGUCAAUAUAUCCUGGUAAAAACGGCAGUUAAAAAAUGCCAUUUUAAUCGAAAAGGAUGCCAUUAAACCCUGGUAAAAACGGCGGUUAUAAACGCCAUUUUAAACGAAAAGGAUGCCAUUAAAUACAGGUAAAAACGGCGGUUAUAAACCACCAUUUUAACCGCCAAAAACCGCCGUAUUAUCCAUUGGUUAUUACGGCGGUUUUUGAAAACCGCCGUAAUAACCAGAAUGGCGCCCAGAAUUCUGGCGUUUCUUGGGGGUGCCAUUUUCGGUAAUAAUGGCGGUUGUAACCGCCGUAAUUACCUUAAAAAACCGUCAUUUUAACCCUUUUUUUUGUAGUGUAGAGAUUCAGUUUACAACUCAUGACAUUUUACACUUCUUAUUGUAUCUUCUAUGGCAUGAGUAUCUAAACCUCAUAGGUGGGGGUGAAGAGCUCGGCUGUGUUUCAAUGGAUUAAUGCAAUUACUACUGUUUUCUAUUCAAUCAUGCUUGAUUCUAUUCUAAGAUACUCACUCAUACUUCAAUAUAGAGAAUCUG